GGUAACAGGAGGCGACGAGUGUGGUCGCUGCUUACGCUGCAGUAGGAGCUUUAUAAUAUUUUUUUUACUAAAUGUACAAGCACAACGAACAUACCGCUUAGUCGGCGAGCCUUAUAAUUUGCUCUCCGGGAAAGGAAACUAAUCGGAAUACGGGAUUUCGUCGCUAGCGCCGUCCUUCCUGUUCAGCCCUUUGUUUUUUACUGCUUCGGUCAAGUGGGAGAGCAGCAGCGCCCCCUGUGAGCGAACAGGAAACAGCCUGAGGAUAGGGAGCCAAACGAGCGGCCGAGCCUCUUGCCUCCCGUACGACGUGGGCCCCCCCAGCUCAGCUGUCCGAUGCGGGGUGAGGAUGAGUCCCGCUCUGGAAGCCCUCAUGCAGGCGGAAGGGACUCCUUAUCCCGGAAAAGGGGUGAUGCUUGAGCCGUUCGUGCACCAGGUGGGAGGCCACUCUUGUGUGCUACGGUUUGGGGAACAGACAAUUUGCAAACCCCUCAUCCCCCGAGAACACCAGUUCUAUAAGAGUCUCCCACCAGAGAUGAGGAAGUUCACCCCUCAAUAUAAAGGUGUAGUUUCAGUCAGUUUUGAAGAGGAUGAGGAAGGGAAUUUGUGCCUCAUCGCCUACCCCCUCCACAGCGAAUCAGGGGACCUGGAAAACAAAGACCCCUCAACAGACUGUGAGCCCAAGAGCAAGAUGGUGAAGUGGAGCAACAAAAAGCAAUCCCCUUUGGGCCCUGAGAAUGACAACUAUAGCAAAGACAGAGGUAGACACAGUCGUAAAGAAGACAAGAUUAUGAGUUAUAAUCGUGAUGAGAUGCAACAGCAACAGCAGGCAGAGGUACUUUACUUUAGCCUGGAAAAAGGCAAUGUGGUGUCACAGAUCAAACACAACCCCUGGAGUCUCAAAUGUCACCAGCAGCACUUACAGAGGAUGAAGGAGAAUGCAAAGCACCGUAACCAAUACAAAUUUAUCCUUUUAGAAAACCUUACAUGGCGCUAUAGAGUACCGUGUGUCUUAGACUUGAAGAUGGGAACUCGUCAGCAUGGAGAUGAUGCAUCAGAGGAAAAGAAAGCCAAUCAGAUUCGAAAGUGUCAACAGAGCACAUCUGCAUCUAUUGGGGUGCGACUUUGUGGCAUGCAGGUGUACCAGUCAGAGCCAGGCCAGCUGAUGUUCAUGAAUAAAUACCAUGGGCGAAAGCUGACUCUCGCAGGAUUCAAGGAGGCUCUCUACCAGUUUUUCCACAAUGGGCAUCGCUUGCGUCAUGAGCUGCUGUCUCCAGUGUUGCGGAGACUUCGUGAAAUGCAAGCUGCCCUCGAGGCCUGCGAGUCUUACCGCUUCUACUCUAGCUCCCUGCUCAUCAUCUACGAUGGCGACCCUCCCAGGGCUCCCACUAGACCUAGACAUAGAGGUGGGGAGGAAGGUGAUGAGGAUGAGCCAUCUGAUGAGGAGGAGGAGGAGGAAGAAGGAGCCUUUGGUUUCCCUCGCUCCUCCUCUGCGGGUGUCGGUGCAGGUGUGUCCGGAGGGAGCAGCAACAGUGGCGGUAGUCGCUCAUCCCACAGCGCAGGAGAGGCUAGUAGCCCUGUGGUGGAUGUACGCAUGAUUGACUUUGCUCACACCACCUGUCGCCACUAUGGAGAAGACAGCGUAGUGCACGAAGGCCAGGACAGUGGGUUCAUCUUCGGCCUCCAGAACCUGAUCACAAUCAUCUCCGAGCUCGAGGAUCACAGUGCAGACUGAGGCUGGACUUUAGUCAGCAUGGUCUAAAUUUUAAGCGUGGGAUGAGCUCACUGAGCUGAAACCCUGCUACCCCAAGAUGCAUUAUCCCUAUGCCUAUGUAGGGGUCUGCUUGGUGGGAUCGUUGGACGCCUCUGCGUGAGGGGAUAGUUUCAAUGGUGGUACCUGUGGUCUCUCUCACCUGCCAGAGGAUUGGGCUGCCUGUGCCCUUUUUGCACUUUUCAGAGACUGCUCCUUUUUUUUUUUUUUUUUUUUUUUUUU